CGAACUCCCAUCCUUUCCCACUGCUAUAAAGCUGCUGUUGGGCCUGUUCAUUCACUGCUCUGACUCUGACUCUGACUCGUUGCUCCUCCCGCACAAUCUCUUAUACUUGAGUUCACGUUGCUGUGAAGGUAGUCAGAGACAAAGGCGCACGCCAGCACAAUAGCCGCAAUUAGAUCGUGUCAUCAUGGCAGCGUCGGGCAGCUGGCCAGCCUUCCAGGAUUCAUACCUCUUCAGGCUGUCCAGAGUCUCCCACAAAUUCUACUGCACCCUCUGCUUCCCGCCCGGACAGGGAAAGGCGCGCCACAUGACCGCGGCUGAAGCCCUCGAGCACGAACGUACCGAUGUCAAUCACCGCAAGCGCCUCGAAGGGCGCCCUGUCACCCCACCGCCCCCUCCCAUCGUCUCACCCAACGCCCUCACUGCCGAUCACCUGAAGCGUCUGGGCUCGUAUUGCUCGCCGAGCGCCUUCUGCUACGCCGACGAUGUCAACUACCAAGUGGCGUUCUGGAAUCGCAGCUCGGCUGGUGCGCAGCGCGGAGAAAUCCUGCGCUGGGAGGAUUUCUUCAGCAGCCUCGACGCGCGCCGGGAGAAGGCAAUGAGCUGGGAGGACCCGCCUGAGUACGAGGACGUCGACGACUAUGGUGUCGUCGUUGGCCCUACACUUCCUGGCGCGGAGGUACGGAAGGUCAAGCGUCACCUUGUAGAGUGGGGCUCGUCGGGCAGCGAGGCGGAGUGGGCACAGCCGGCCCAGCCAGCCGAGAAUAAUUGGGGCGACGACGAGGCUCAGGGCUGGGGCGUCACCCCGGAAUGGGAAGGCGCGGGCGACAAUGCUUGGGAUGAACGCAGGAAGGCAGAUUGGGCAGAGGAACGGCGGAAGGAACUGGAGGAGAACGAAGUCGUAGAUAAUCUUUGGGCGGAUUACGACCCGGAAGCAGCUGACAGGGCGCGGAGAGAGAAGCGCGGCGGAUUUAGUGGCAAGUGGGGGAAGGACCAGGAGAAGGCAAGAGCUCGCGCGGAGAAGAAAGGGAAGGGACAACGCCAGAACAAGCAACAGCCUCAGAAGGGCGCACCUCAGGGAAACAAGCGCACGCGACCUGAUAAGGCGGUGCCAGGGGAGAAGGGGUCGAAGAAGGUUCCUCCCAAGCCGCGGUGGUUCACUGAGGAGGUCGAGGCCUGAGCGCUGUGCACCAUAGUUUGCUGUGCUUGCUGUCCGCGCUCACGGGUCCGUUGACUCGGACGUAUCAUAUUCUUCUAUUCAUCUGGUCUUCACACACACUCUGGCUCUCUUCAGGAUUUUGGAUACGACCUUCAUACCAUACAUAACUUAGCAUACUAAACACCAACGGAUAUCUAUACUGUACAAGAGCUGCUUGCUGAUGCCACUUCAAAAAUAAAUCAAAUGCUUUAUGGCCAGCGCUUU